GUUGACAUGAUGAAAGAAGCAUUAGAAAAACUUCAGCUGAAUAUAGUAGAAAUGAAAGACGAAAAUGCAACCUUAGAUGGAGGAGAUGUCUUAUUCACAGGCAGAGAAUUUUUUGUGGGCCUUUCCAAACGGACAAAUCAACGAGGUGCUGAAAUCUUGGCUGAUACUUUUAAGGACUAUGCAGUCUCCACAGUCCCAGUGGCUGAUUCUUUGCAUCUGAAGAGUUUCUGCAGCAUGGCUGGGCCUAACCUGAUCGCAAUCGGGUCUAGUGAAUCUGCACAGAAGGCCCUCAAGAUCAUGCAACAGAUGAGUGACCACCGCUAUGACAAGCUCACUGUGCCUGAUGACAUGGCUGCAAACUGUAUAUAUCUAAAUAUCCCCAGCAAAGGACAUGUCUUGCUGCACCAAACCCCAGAAGAGUAUCCAGAAAGCGCAAAGGUUUAUGAGAAACUGAAAGACUAUCUGCUAAUCCCCGUGAGCAUUUCUGAACUGGAAAAGGUGGAUGGGUUGCUCACCUGCUCCUCAGUUUUUAUUAACAAGAAGGCGGACUCCUGAGCCACAGAGUCCCUUCCUUGCAGCCCGCAAGAGGCCCUGGGCCAGGCUGAUGACUCUGUCCCCACUCCCUUUGUUUUUCUUGACAAUCUACUGUGCCACUGUGCUACUAACUCUUGUUUACAAAAAUUUAAUUCUAAGUUUAAUUGCUUCGUUUUCGGCACCCUCACCUCCCUUUCCCUCUCAGUGGUACCUAAGCUGUGGAUGUGCUAAAUGAAUUAAGCGAUCUAGAAAAUAUAGAACUAAUGAGUCAUUGACAUGUGAUUAAUAAGAGUAUGGAAACACUCA